CUGUUAAAAAUAUCCUUGGUGUUAACUUUUUUUUUUUUUUUAAAUUAGUAUUUGCUAAUGGAAUUAUCCAAGAUAUAUUUAAAGAAUGUCAUUUUCUAGUUUAUAUGAGAAUAGCAAACAGAGGAGUAAUAAUUCUGACACUGAAAGUCAUUAUGACAAUCAGAUAUACUCAAAAGAUCAGACUGAAAGUCAGCUUUCACUUCCUAGUGCUUCCGACAUCAGCAUUUAUUAUAGUUUAGAAAAUGUUACAAAUAAUAGUAGUUAUUUAACUGCAGAUUUUAAGAACAGCAUUUUAGAUGCUAUAAGUUUCACUGAGAAGCAGUCUCUUGCUGAUGGUGCUUCAUCUAUACAAACAACAGCUCAAGAUUGCUCAGCAUAUUUUGAUGAUGGCAUUCGUCGCAUUGAUUUUGUCCUUGUUUAUGAUAAAAAUUCUCCAAUGAGAGAAGCUCGAGAAACAUUUGAAGAAAAUUUAAAAUAUGAAGGAUUGGAAUUAGAAUAUGCAAAAAAUGAAGAAGCUGAGUUGGAAUUUGUGAAGAUUCAUGCUCCAUGGGAAGUAUUAAGUCGUUAUGGUGAAAUUAUGCAAUUCAAGAUGCCUAUUAAAGAGGUUUUCUUUUAAUUAUUUUAGCUUUUGCAUGUUUUUAAAUUGGUUUUAAAUCAUGCUAAAUCACUGACCAAAUAUUUUUAUUACAUUUGCAUGAAAAUAUUAAUAAAA